UUCUUCCACCUACUUUCAACCAUGCUUUCAUCUCUGUUGCUCUCUCUCUCUCUCUCCCUUAAUAUUCAACCAAUGAAGCAACACCUUGCUUUUCUUUUCUUUCUUCUCCUUCUUUCCUCCUUCCUAGUUUCUCCCCGUCUCCUUCAACCACCCAAAGGUGAGAAGGAAGUGCAGCUCAAUCAUAAAUCUGUUUCUCGGUCGUCCUUUCAGCUAAAUGACAAUAUGGAACAAUUAAUGGGUUCGGAGGAGUGCUUUGAGAAUGAUGAAGGGUGCAAUAGCAGAAGGAUGAUGGUGGAGGCGCACUUGGAUUACAUCUACACGCAACGCCACAAGCCUUGAAUUAAUUGGACUUGAACUUUGGUUCAAAGGCAGAGUAUUAAGUACGAGUCCCUAAUAUAAAACCAAUAAAACCGUCUUCUGUUUUUUCCGGGAUUCAA